AUGGAUGAUUUCACCGUAUAUGGGGACUCGUUCGAUUUCUGUUUAGCUAGCCUAGACGUAGUAUUGAGGAGGUGUCAGGAGAAGAAUUUGGUCCUUAACUUCGAAAAAUGUGACUUCAUGGUACCCGAGGGAAUUGUUCUGGGGCAUGUAGUCUCAGAGAAGGGCAUACAGGUGGACCAAGCAAAAGUCGAUGUGAUUUCAAAAUUACCUUACCCUACGAAUAAGAAAGAAGUAAGGGGAUUCCUAGGGCAUGCAAGGUUUUAUAGGAGAUUCAUAAAGGACUUCACAAAGAUUGCUCAGUCAUAUACCCAUCUAUUGCAUAAUGAUGUUGAUUUCAUCUUCGACGAAGAGUGUAAGAAAGCUUUUCAGCUAUUGAAGGAUAAGCUAGUACCUGCCCCUAUAAUUAGGGCACCCGACUGGAGUCAGCCGUCUGAGAUAAUGUGUGAUGUGAGCGACUUCGCAGUGGGUGCGGGAGAGACGGAAGAAGCUAUACCAAACGCGUUUCCAGAAGAAAAUUUAUACUACAUGGAAGAAUCUCCUAGACCUAUCAGCUGGGAGGAAAUAAUGGCAAUAACAGGUCCAGGAGAUGCUGAGAAAGGGAAGUGUCUGCUGAACGCUGAACGAUAG